GAAGGAGAUCACACAGGAGAGAGGUCAUUGUCAUGUUUGGAGUGCGGGAAAGACUUUAAGAUGAAAUCUGAACUUCUUCUACAUCUCAAAACCCACAACCACGUGACCUUUUCAUGUCCAGAGUGCGGGAAAGCUUUCACUGAGGAAAGCGAGCUUCUUAAACACCAGAAAAGUCACAAGGGUGAGCGUCCUUAUGCAUGUUCAGAGUGCGGGAAAAGAUUUACUGACAAAAGAACUCUUGUUCGUCACCAGAAAAUUCACACAGGUGAGCAUCCGUAUUCAUGUGCAGAGUGUGGGAAAAGUUUUACUGACAAAGGAACCCUUGUUAUACACCAGAGAAUUCACACAGGUGAGCGUCCGUAUUCAUGUGCAGAGUGUGGGAAAAGUUUUGCAAUGAAUGGACAUCUUGUAAGACACCAGAGAAUUCACACAGGUGAGCGUCUGUAUUCAUGUGCAGAGUGUGGGAAAAGUUUUGCAAGGAAUGGACAUCUUGUAAGACACCAGAGAAUUCACACAGGUGAGCGUCUGUAUUCAUGUGCAGAGUGUGGGAAAAGUUUUGCAAUGAAUGGACAUCUUGUAAGACACCAGAGAAUUCACACAGGUGAGCGUCCAUAUUCAUGUGCAGAAUGUGGGAAAAGUUUUCCUGAUAAAGGAACCCUUCUUAGUCACCAGAGAAUUCACACAGGUGAGCGUCCGUAUUCAUGUGCAGAAUGUGGGAAAGGUUUUGCAAGUAAUGGACAGCUUGUAAAACACAAGAGAUUUCACACAGGUGAGCGUCCUUAUGCAUGUUCAGAGUGUGGGAAAAGUUUUACUGCCAAAAGAGCUCUUCUUAGUCACCAGAAAAUUCACACAGGUGAGCGUCCGUAUUCAUGUGCAGAGUGUGGGAAAAGUUUUACUGACAAAGGAACCCUUGUUAUACACCAGAGAAUUCACACAGGUGAGCGUCCGUAUUCAUGUACAGAGUGUGGGAAAAGUUUUGCAUUGAAUGGACAUCUUGUAAGACACCAGAGAUUUCACACAGGUGAGCGUCCAUAUUCAUGUUCAGAAUGUGGGAAACGUUUUACUGACAACAGAACUCUUCUUUGUCACCAGAGGAUUCACACAGGUGAGCGUCCGUAUUCAUGUUUAGAGUGCGGGAAAAGUUAUAUUGAGAAAGGGUCCCUUCUUAGGCACCAGAGAAUUCACACAUGUGAGCGUUUGUAA